AUGAAUCUACGAUGGAUGAAAAGUCCUAGUCAUGAGAUCCGCAAGUCUCGUCAAAUUAGAAAGUGUGGUCUUCUGUGCAUGCUCCUAGUCAUCGCUAUCUGUAUUGGAAUCGCUAUUAUCCUUUUAAACGCCCUACGCGCUACUUCUGCUACAAAAAACUUACUUCUACAAUUCUCAACAACAUUCGGAAAAGCAGGGACUAAGCGCUGGGAGGAUUGUGGAGGAACACCUGAAGAAGCACGGCGCCGGAACUGUCACUUUGACAUCUUAUCUAUGGCCUGGCAAACGCAUGAGUGCUUCGAUCAUGCUACUACUUCCGCAUUUCUAGCCCACUAUGAGUAUUUUAACACAUCUAGCAUACACUCUGACAACACAAUACGUCAAAGCCAAAGUCAAAAACAAGACGACAAGGAUGUCGCCGUGACAGCCUGGAGGUUCUUUCUUGACGAGGCCGGCCAAAAUGAGACCCCGCUGUCGGUUGUACUCUCUGGACAACACAAGAUCUAUGUUACCCAAGAAUAUCAUUACACGCAUUGUACGUAUAUGUGGCGUCAGAUGCACCGGGCAUACGCGGAGCUAGGGUACAUUGAUAGCCACUUAGCGAACUGGGGUCAUACAUUACAUUGCCAAAAGGUGCUCCUAGGGGGUAUAGAUGAUAAAGACAAGAUUGGGGCAGUGGGGAAGGUGUUGUAUCCUAAAUGUAUCAAAGUUGGAGAUGGCUUACGGAGUCCGCCAUUAAUCCAGGCGGGGCCAUAUUAA